AUGGGUAAAAGCAGCAAAGACAAAAGAGAUUUGUAUUACAGAAAGGCCAAAGAACAGGGCUACAGGGCUAGAUCUGCUUUUAAAUUACUUCAACUUAAUGAACAAUUUCACUUCUUGGAUGAUCCAAAUUUAAAAAGAGUUGUAGAUUUAUGUGCCGCACCAGGCUCAUGGUCACAAGUUCUUUCGAGAAAACUUUUUGACGAAAGUAGUAAUUCAAAUAGCGAGGAUAGAAAAAUUGUUGCAGUGGAUUUACAACCAAUGUCUCCUAUACCUCAUGUAACAACUUUACAAGCCGAUAUCACCCAUCCUAAAACAUUGGCUAGGAUUCUGAACUUAUUUGGUAAUGAAAAGGCUGAUUUUGUUUGCAGUGAUGGUGCUCCUGAUGUCACUGGGUUGCACGAUCUUGACGAAUACAUUCAGCAACAAUUAAUCAUGAGUGCGCUACAACUAACCGCAUGUAUUCUGAAAAAAGGUGGAGUUUUUGUGGCGAAGAUCUUCAGAGGCCGUGAUAUAGAUAUGCUAUACUCACAAUUAGGUUAUUUAUUUGAUAGAAUUGUCUGCGCAAAGCCAAGAUCGUCAAGAGGUACAUCUCUAGAGGCUUUUAUUGUUUGUUUAGGCUACAACCCACCAUCUAAUUGGACACCAAAAUUGGACAUCAAUACCUCUGUUGAUGAGUUCUUUCAAGGCUGUUUCCUAAAUAAGUUAUGCAUAUCAGACAAAUUGUCUCCUUGGGAUGAAGAAGAAAGAAACAUAGCAAAGUUUAUGGCUUGCGGCAGUCUUGAAAGUUUUGACUCAGACGCUACCUAUCAUGACAUACCUUCCUCCAUUGUAAAUUCUCCAUCUUCCUUAGACCCUGUUCAAAGUCCUACGAACCCUCCCUACAAGAAAGCUUUGGAGUUAAAAAGAAGCGGAAAACUUACAAGGUCUGUUUAA